CCCGGCUCGGGUGGGAGCGGACCAGAGCGGAGCUUUAUUUCGGUCCGCCUUGGUGCCGGGUGGACGAGCAAAGCCGGAGCAUCCCGGCGACCAUGGAGGACAGUUACACGGUGCACCGACGCCGCAAGGCGGCAGCGAGGAGGCGCGAGAAGACGCCAGAUCCACCUCGACGUCUCGAAGAGACCGACGACGAGGAUGGUGCCCGAGCAAAAAUGGAGAAGAUGGUGGAGGACACGGAAAGGAUGGAGCUGGAGACCCUCCGAGCCCCCCUGAAGAGCGAAGAAGCCGAAUUCGCGGAAGAAGUGGCAAAAUCGAGCGAACCGAGACACACCUCAAGGUCCUCUUCGAGGUCGGCGAAGGAGGAGCGGAGAAGUAGGUACGUCGAAGAAAUUGCGCCUCCGGGAGACUCGAAGAGGAACGAGGCGGUGACGUCCAGGAACGAGGAGGGUGCGGAGAGUGGGUUCAAAAAUAACGAGAAGCGUCACGGAGACGCCGAAGAAGCGGUUAGGUCGGUAAGUAAGGAAGCUGCGGCGUGGGAUACGAAGGAGAGGAUGAGGGAGGAGAUAGGGGAAAGGAGGAAGUCGGAAGUCGAGAGGGAAGAGAGGUCGAACGAAGGGGAGAAGAUCGAGAGGAAGGGAGAAGGCAGGAGGAGGGUGGAGGAGGAAGGCGAGAUGAGGAAGGUGGAAAGGAAGGUGGAAAGGAAGGUGGAAAAGAAGGUGGACAAGAAGGUGGACAAGAAGGUGGACAAGAGGAACGAGUCGUCGAAGGCUGUAGAGGAGGCGAAGAUGAAGAAGAGCAGGCCUUCCAGCUCGGAGGUGGAGGCGAGGUCCGAGGAAGAGAGAAGUCGAGACGCCGAGAGGAAGGUGAAGAAACGGUCGAAGGAGAGGAUGAUGGAGAAGAUGAGCUACGCCACCACGGACUCGAGCGAUGCCGAAGAGAAGAGGAGGGACCCUAGGAAGAAGAAGUCCCCGGACGCGACCAAAGGGUCUAGGGUCCCUAGGAAGAGCGUUGGAAAAUCCAGGACUACGACGGAUACGGACGGAGAGCCGGAGAUCUUGAAGAGCUCGAAGGACUCGAAGAGCGAGGAGAGGCAGAGACCUAUCAAGCCUAGCAGAGAGAAACGUCCCUCGGGGAGAGAAGUCUAUUCCGCAGGGUCUGAAGAAGAGGAAAAGGGUUCCCGGGUGAAAGAGGAAGGUUUCGAAGAAUCCGUGGUGGAGGGGUCCCUGGUGAUCGGGGCCAGGAAGAAGGAUUCUUCGAGAAUCCAGGGAUCCGAGAAACGACGCGCUUAUCCCAGUGACACCGACGAAGAGCCGAGGUCGAUAAAGAGGAGCGAGACCUUUCCCCAGGGUCAAUCGGCAGAGAAAACGCCGAUCGGAAGAUCGGCUUCGGAGAUGAGGAAGCUGAUCAUUCCCCUGGACGACGAUAGUCUCAUCAAGGACUUCGCCAGGGCCCAGGCGGAGUACUUGAGGAGAGAACGGGGCAUCCUGGAUCCAGACCCCGAAGACCCCGACUACCUGAUCCGCACGUCUUCCAUCCUAAGGAGAAGAAAAGCCAGCGUUCUCCACUCCGACGAGGAACAGGAGGAAAUAGCCAAAACGAUGCAGACCCCGAAGAGCUCCUGGUUCUCUUGGUUCCCUGUCUUCUCCAUAUUCAAGGGAAGAUCAAAAAUCCAGGUAGAGACAUCGGAAAACGAGGAGAUCCCGCAGGAGAUCCUGAAGAGGCCCCAAGAAGACGUCGCCCAGAAGAGAGUCUCCAUUUUCGAGUUCUUUGCAGCCUUGAGGGACGUCUUGGCGGAGUUCCGAGCCUUUGUCGAGCAAAAUCCCAGAGAAACGAGGAUCAUCAGGAAGCUGAGGAACCGAUGCGUGGCCGAGCUCAUCCUGAUCAUCAUUUACUGUGGCCUGGGUGCCUUCGUCUUCAGGUUCACCGAGGGAGCCUUCGAAAGCUUCUACAAAUGUGGCGUCAAGAGGGUUAAAAGGGACUUUUUGGACAGUCUUUGGAACUACAGUCACAAUAUGAGGGAGGACGACUGGAAGAGCAUGGCCAGGAGGAAACUCAUGGAAUUCGAGGAGCAACUUCAUACCGCGCAUGAAGCUGGAGUUCAUUCUUACAGUGGUCAGAGAAGCUGGAGCUUCUUGAACGCCGUUGUCUAUUGUCUCACCGUGAUCACCACUAUUGGUUACGGACAUAUAUCACCCAGCACCACGACCGGAAGAGCCUUGACCAUCGUAUACGCGAUCUUCGGCAUCCCGAUGUUUCUGAUAAUCCUGGCCGAUUUCGGGAAACUUUUCACGAGAGGUAUGAAGUUCCUUUGGGCCUUCGUCAGGAGGCUAUACUACACCGGGAGUUGUCGCAAAGUUCGAAGGACAGUGCCGGUUCAGGAAGUCAUGAAGGGGGUGCAAUUGGUGUACGACUUCGCGACUUUCCGGCGACCCUCGCAAAUGAACCCCGAGGAGAUCGAGGAGAUGCAGAGGCAAAGGAGCCAGGGCCAAACCGUGUUGAAUUUGGAUGGAAACCUGCCCACCCAACCCGAUACCCCGGGGACCCCCGCCAUGUCGAACUUUGCCAUAGACGACGAGUUCAAUUUACCUAUUUCCGUCGCGAUCUUCAUCCUCCUCGGUUACAUUUUCGUAGGAGCGACCCUCUACUACAUGUGGGAGGAGUGGGGCUUCUUCGAGAGCUUCUACUUCGUGUUCAUCUCCAUGAGCACCAUCGGCUUCGGAGAUUACGUUCCCCAGAUGCACCCGAUAUACAUGAUGUGUUCGAUAGUGUACUUGGUGUUCGGCCUGGCACUGACGUCCAUGUGCAUCAACGUGGUUCAGGUCAUGUUGUCUGAUUCGUUCAAACAAGCCAGUCAGAAAAUCGGGGCAACGAUCGGGUUCGAAGUAGCCGAAGACGAUGGCUCUAUCCAAGCUGCACUUCCUGCACCAGUGGAAGUGGCCGACGUGCACAUGACGAUAAUGGACUCGGAAAGCAAAGAGAAAAUCGCGCCGACGGCCAAGCAGGAAGACGUGGACCUGUAGAUUGGAUAAAGGAACAGCCCGAGAAGAUAACGAGACAAGGUACAAUCGAUAAGAAAUAGAAACUCGGGUCAAGAAAGCGUAAAAAGAGCGGCUGAAGGCGUCAAUUCCCUAUCAUCUGGAUGGAGGAACUUCCCUAUUAUCCCCUAUGGGAUGAAAGACUCCCUAUUAUCAGGAUUCGGAAAGCAAAGGGAAAAUCCCGGCGAUGGCCAAGCAGGAAGACGUGGACCUGUAGAUUGGGUAAAUGAACCGCCCAAGACGAUAACGAGACAAGGUACAAUUGAUAAGAAAUAGAAACUCGUGUCAAGAAAGCGACGGCUGAAGGCGUUGAUUCCCUAUUAUCUGGAUGUAGAUAUCAUUGUCGCGUGGAUUUUGGAUCAGGGAUCCAGGGACCCGAUUCUCGAGUUCACCUUUCGCAUGCGAAAUUCACAGUUUUGUCCAAGACUUUCAAACGUUGACCAAUUACGUGACUUCGCAACAAUGUCGAGAUUUCUCUUGCGAAUCUAUUCGGACGCGAAAGAAAUCCGCAUGAAAUCGAGAAUAGAAGCCCAAGUGAUAAGAGGUGUCAUUCUACGGUCAACCUUGCCAAACGUUUCGGAGUGCUCCUUGCGAGGUUCUUCUUUUUUUUCCCCCCUUUCUCCCUAGUUUAGCGUCGAUUGACAAUAAAGUAUAAGAGGUUCGAUCUUCUACUUUGCACAACUUACAAGCUCUAACGAUUUCUACGUCGCAGUAAGUGCAUGGGUGUUUCGUAAGUUCUUUUUACGGAUUCGGGUGGAUCUUGCGAAUUACGUUCUCGCUGAUAAGGAGCCCUAGAAUCAUGCGUUCGUUGAUAAAUUGCCGUCCGCGAACUCGUAGAAGGAAGAACUGACUCUUCGCGUUAAGCCGAAAAAGAAAGAAAAAGGAAAAGGAGAAAAAAAAAGAAUCAAUUGGCUUUGCGAACGUUGACGACACAAGCUUCGCCCUUUGAAAGGCUAGAAAACCAAAGAAAGACUUCCUCACGCUAUUUCCGAUGAAAAACCGGAUAUCAGCUCGCAGAAAAUAAUCCAUAAAAAAAAACAAAAAAAAAA